ACCAAUUCAUUUCCUCGAAAUCGAAGCAACCUAAAUCCCAUCUGUCUACACAAACUGAGAUAAUGCAUUAUCAAUCAGAGUCCCGGAAUUCUUAUCUACAACUCAUUCAACGAUUGGCCGAGGAGAACGCAGUGGUGAUUUUCAGCAAAAGCACAUGCUGCAUGUGUCAUGCCAUCAAAAGGCUCUUCUCUGGGAUGGGAGUGAACGCAAACGUUUACGAGCUGGACGAAGAUCCCAGAGGAAUUGAAAUGGAGAAAGCUCUCAUUGGGUUACUGGGCAGCUCCUCGGCCGUGCCGGUGGUGUUCAUUGGCGGCAAACUGGUGGGUGCUAUGGACACAGUCAUGACCUCUCACAUCAAUGGCACCCUUGUGCCUCUCCUAAAAGAGGCUGGUGCUAUCUGGCUUUGACUUCUGUCGAUUUCUCUCUUUCUUGACAGAUUUUUGGAGCAAGAAAGAGAAUAAGUAACUCGACUUCUAUAUUUAUAUAGUGAAUGGAAUGCAGAGGAAGAGGAGUUUGUUGUAGUGAGUUUUACCUUUGUUUUCACAAUUACAAAUCCGCAUAGUCGGAGGAAUGUAGUUGCUCCCUCCUCUGUAAAUAGAGACUUUGUUAUGAAAUUAC